UACAGAAACGAGCUAUCGUAGACAUCAAAUUGAAAUUCCAAAAAACAAAAAAAUAAAUUAAUAAUGAAUCGUUUGAUAAAUAUUUCGGUUUUAAAAUUGACCGACAACUUGAUAGGCAACAGUCGAACUUUAAGUGGAUCCGGUAAGAAAUAUUCGGCCGAUAAGAAGGAUCCCUGCAAAAAGGAAGAUCCCUGCAAAAAGGAAGAUCCCUGCAAAAAGGAAGAUCCCUGCAAAAAGGAAGAUCCCUGCAAAAAGGAUGGCGACAAAAAGAAAGAUUCCAGCAAAAAGGAUGAUAAAGGCGGAAAAGACUCUAAGGACAAGGGCGGUUGCGAAAAAACAAAUGUAUCGACCGCGCCACGUUGUAAAGAUGGUAAGGGUAAAAAGUAGGCUUCAUCAUGUGCAAGACGCGCUCUCCUGCAUUCCAAAUGUUGGGUAUUUUUGGACACUGACCUGGCCUGGCGCCUUUGCAAAUGUGCAAACGGAAGAGCAGUCCACAUAAUGGAUCACAAAUUACCCAAAAACCCAAACGCAACAUGAAUCAGUUGUAGUUUAUAGCUGGCCGAGCACACUGAGAUCAUAAAACGCGAACGCUCGAGACAUUAUAAAGCCAUAAAGCAACAAGUAAAAUCGGCGCACAACAACAACAACAAGAAAAAAUAUAAGAAGAAGAAAUCCCAUAAAGAGUGAUAAAAGUCGUAACGAAACUGUGAAUUUCCAUGCGGGCACGCUGAAGUCUUACGAUAUGCUGAUCUCAAGAUGGAAGCGCAUACAAAUUUUAAAUAUAUAUUUAUUGCAAAAGCGAAAAAAA